AUGGACAGCGACGAAGGCCGUUUAAAAGGAACGAGUCGAGCAGCGUGGGUUUUCAUGAAAGCCAAAGUCGCCCUGGCAGUGGCCAUAAUAAGGAACAGGCCUCCGGGUAUGAGUGGCCGAGAGUACGCCGAGGCUUUGGCCUGCACGCUGAGGAGCCAGGAGGAGAGCUGGAAGAAGAAAGCCCAGGGGCUGCAGCAGCACGUGCUGAGGCUGCAGCAGCAGAUGCUGAUCACCAGGGUGACGUCAGGCUCCACAGAGGGAGCAGGUAAUGACAGUGCAGUGGAAGACAUUUCGCAGGAUCUGUUUGGUCCUUCAGACCCUCAACCCAGCUGUGACUCAGAGACUCCUGAACUCCUUCAACAGGACCCCCAGCCUGCCACCUCUGACCACCCUGAUCACCCUGGAGGUCUUCAGGAGCAAGCGAUCCAUCCCCAUGUGCAGUUCCUCCAGUCACUGUGUGGCCUACACCGAGUAGAAGGGAACAGCCGAGGCCUGGAGGCUCUGUGGUUCGCUGCUGACGGGGACGCAGGGUCGGUUUUGAUGGACUCUGUGUGCCACCUCCUGGAGUCGGUGGCGGCGGCGUGCAGGGAUCCCCCUCCACUGGGUCCUCACGACCUUGUCCUGCAGGCCUGCCAGGUCGCAGCCCGAGCGAUGGACCUCUUCUGCUCUCAGAGGCUGCCAUCUGUUGAAUUCACGAGACGUGUGGAAGAGUCGCUGAGGGAGCUGACUGGGAUGCUGCUUCACGCUAAUCAGCCCGGCAGGCUCCAGGCUGCAGAGAAGCUGAUGGAGUACCUGAUCACGCUGGGGAGCAGCAGCAUGUCGAAGUCCUUCCUCAUUCGUCACGUCCUCUGUCAGAUCAGCUCUCUGGCCGAUCAGCUCUGGCAGGCCUUCCAGGGGCAGGAGGACUCGGGGCUGGACAGCUUUCCUGUGGACCAGUAUCAGAACUCAUGCCACCUGUUCAGGAUCCUGGAGGAACUCCUACUGAAAUCAAAGGUACCGUGCAGGGUGGAGGCGGGGUCGGAGUUGACGGGCUUCCUCAGUCACUUGGAGCAGCGCAUCUUCCUACUGUCAGAUGAGUUUCCCUUGUUCUCCAUUUUCAUGUGGAGGAUAGGACGUCUCCUCACCUCCUCGGACAGACAAUGUCCCACAAAUGUAAGGAACAGGCAGGACACAUUCAAAGGUUUGGCUUCCACCCCCCUGUAUGAAACAACAGGCUAAGCUGCUAAUCAGCGUCUGUUUAAACCUUCACUGUGGCGAGCUUCACUAAAAAGGAAAACAGAAAGAAUGCAUCAUAAGGAU